UAUUUUAGGAAGAAAACCAAUUGGGAAAAAAAAAUGAAGUUCCUUCUCUUCACAUUUGUUGGUGUUGUUCACCUUUUCUCCAUGAACUCUGGGAAAGCUAUAUAUAGGAAUGGCAUCCCUCAGAAGACUUUUCAAGAAAUAAAAGAAGAAAUAGCCUGCUAUGGAGAUAUUGCUAAAGCAAUCAUCAACCUUGCUGUUUAUGGUAAAGCCCAGAACAGAUCCUAUGAGCGAUUGGCACUCCUGGUUGAUACUGUUGGACCCAGACUAAGUGGAUCCAAGAGCCUAGAAAAAGCCAUCCAAAUCAUGUACCAAAACCUGCAGGAAGAUGGGCUGGAUAAUGUCCACCUGGAGCCAGUCAAAAUACCCCACUGGGAAAGAGGAGAAGAGUCUGCUGUGAUGCUGGAGCCCAGGAUUCACAAGAUGGCUAUUUUGGGUCUUGGCAGCAGCAUUGGGACUCCCCCAGAAGGCAUUACAGCAGAAGUUCUGGUGGUGACCUCUUUUGAUGAACUGCAGAGAAGGGCCCCAGAAGCAAGAGGGAAGAUUGUUGUUUAUAAUCAACCUUAUACCAACUACUCGAGGACGGUGCAAUACCGAGUCCAGGGGGCGGUGGAAGCUGCUAAAGUGGGGGCUUUGGCAUCCCUCAUUCGAUCUGUGGCUUCCUUCUCCAUCUACAGUCCUCACACAGGUAUUCAGGAAUACCAGGAUGGUGUGCCAAAGAUCCCAACAGCCUGUAUUACAGUGGAAGAUGCAGAAAUGAUGUCAAGAAUGGCUUCUCGUGGGAACAGAAUUGUUGUUCAGCUGAAGAUGGAGGCAAAGAACUACCCGGAUGCUGAUUCCUUCAACACUGUAGCAGAGAUCGUUGGUAGCAAGUAUCCAGAGCAGGUUGUACUGGUCAGUGGACAUCUGGACAGCUGGGAUGUUGGGCAGGGUGCCAUGGAUGAUGGUGGUGGAGCCUUUAUUUCAUGGGAAGCACUCUCGCUUGUUAAAGAUCUUGGGCUACGUCCAAAGAGGACGCUGCGUUUGGUGCUCUGGACUGCGGAGGAACAAGGUGGCAUCGGUGCCUUCCAGUAUUAUCAGUCACACAAGGCAAAUAGUUCCAACUACAGCCUGGUGAUGGAGUCUGACCUUGGAACCUUCUUACCCUCUGGGCUGCAAUUCACUGGCAGUGAUAAGGCCAGAGCCAUCAUGGAAGAGGUCAUGAGCCUGCUGAAGCCCAUCAAUAUCACACGGGUCUUUAGGGCUGGAGAAGGGGCAGACAUUAACUUCUGGAUCCAAGCUGGAGUGCCUGGAGCCAGUCUCCUUGAUGACCUAUAUAAAUAUUUCUUCUUCCAUCACUCCCAUGGAGACACCAUGACUGUCAUGGAUCCAAAGCAGAUGAAUGUUGCUGCUGCUGUUUGGGCCGUUGUCUCUUAUGUCAUUGCAGACAUGGAAGAAAUGCUGCCCAGGUCUUAACAAGAACAAGAAAGAAGGCACUUUUGUCAUUUCUGGGCAGGAAUCCUGAGUCUGCAGCUUCAGGAAGCCCCUCUUCACCUAACAGUUUUGCCUGAUCCAUUUUCAAAGCACAACACUAAUCCAUACUUUCUGUUAUCUUUCUUGAUACUUUCCAAAUUCUCUGUUUCUAGGGUAGGGAAUGAUCUCCACCCCCACAUAGGAUCAACGUAUGGUAGGGAUCACAGUGGGGACAUUUCUUUAUACCACCUGUAAAAAAUAUUAUUUCUAUUUGGAAAGUAAACACUGCAUAAAUCUUUGGAACACCUCUGAUUUUUAUGUGUGUAUGGAUAACAUUAAAUCAAAUACAGUGACACCAA